AUGGCCAAACAUAUCACGGUUACUGAACCUUUGCUUAAGCUGAGCUGCACUCUAGGCGAAGGAGCCGUUUGGGACACUCGUUCACAAAGACUCUAUCUCGUCGAUAUCGAUCAACGUAAAAUCUACACAUAUGAACCUUCCACAGGUACACAUGGUUACCAAACAUUCGCGAACAAGAUCACUUCUCUGUCUGGAAUACAAGAUGGUUCCGGUUUGAUAGCAGCUAUUGACAUUGGCUUUGCUUUUGUGCCCUUCUCAUCUCUUCCUUUUCCCCCAGAUGGUUCGAACAAGCCAAUUAUUCCGAUCGAUGUUGACGCGAAAUGUAACGGAAAGGAAAAGAGGUUUAAUGAAGGAACCGUCGACCCUAAGGGUCGUUUCUUAUCGGGAACUUUGGGACUAGAACAUGGCACAAAAGAUGGUCGCAUGUUCUCUCUGGAAGAAGCCGCGGACGGAUCGUUCGUGGCGCCGCUUGUCCUUGAUCAAAUUACUUGCACGAACGGAAUGGGCUGGACUCAGGAUGGUCAAACGAUGUACUUUACGGAUAGCUGGAUAGGAGAGAUUGCCUGUUUUGACUAUGAUCUGCCGACGGGCAAGAUGAGCAAUCGUAGAACCUUUUCCAUUCUCGACAAAAGCUAUGGUGAACCAGAUGGAAUGUGUACCGACGCCGAGGGGGGUGUUUGGUCCGCUCGAUGGGCUGCCGGCAAAGUCGUGCGCCUUACCCCUUCCGGAGAGAUCGAUGUAGUGAUCGAUUUCCCAAAGGCGUGGCACAUGACCUGCUGCGUAUUUGGAGGUCCCAAUCUCGAAGACUUGUUUGUAACAUCCGCUGCCUCGGAUUACAUUGGGGACACCCUUCCUGAUCGGUCCGAUGGAGGCGACCUUUUCGUAGUCAAAGGUCUGGGCUUUAAAGGAGUAGAAAGGAACAGAUUCAAGGGUUCUUUCGCUGGGUAG